AUGACAAUUAAAGGGAUCUACAACAAAGGUUGCAAGUACAUUAAUAAUAUUUUUGUUGUGAAGGAGAGGGAGAUUGAAAUUGGGUGUCCAACAGAUGUUAAGCAUGUGGCACACAUUGGAUGGGAUGGUCCCACUGGAGGUGGGCCCAGUUGGAUGAAUGAAUUUAAAACAGCACCUGAUUUUUCAACAUCAAUUGGUAGCUUGAAUGAAAGAAAAGACCCUAAUCUAAAGGCUGAAUCUACAUCAGAUUCCAAUCAAGAUGUUAAAGAUCCCACAAUAAAUAAACCAACACCAAUCAUGUCCAAAGGUGACAUUCCAUCUGAUGAUAGUGCUACUCAUCAUGUUCCUAAAAAACCAAAAAGAAAAAAGACAAAACCAACUUCCUCUCCUAGAUCAAGACAAACAAGAGCACCAAGAGCACCAAGGCCAAAGGGUGUGUAUAGUGAAAGAGAUUGUGAAAGAGAAGAAAAACCAAUUGCUCAAACAUUUGAAGACUCAAAUUGGCAAUGUUAA